AGUGACGAGCCCCCUUCCUGUACCCGGCUGAGGAAGUUAAUUCGCUGACAGGGCUGGGUUCCGUGAGGGAGGCGAAAGAAAUAUAAUUUACAUGGUGGGGAUAAAAACAACAACAGUAUAGAAGAACAAGUUGUGCAAGCACAAUAAAACGUACGUGUAAAGCAUAUUUCCUCUCCGAGAUCGUCACUGAGCGCCGCAGACAUGAAUGACCAGCAGCUGGACUGUGCUCUGGACCUGAUGAGGCGUCUUCCUCCCCAGCAGAUCGAGAAGAAUCUCAGUGACCUCAUCGACCUGGUGCCCAGUCUGUGUGAGGACCUACUCUCCUCUGUGGACCAGCCUCUGAAGAUUGCCCGGGACAAGGUGGUGGGGAAAGACUACCUGCUCUGUGACUACAACAGAGACGGUGACUCCUACAGAUCCCCAUGGAGUAAUAAGUAUGAGCCACCCAUCGACGAUGGUGCCAUGCCAUCUGCCCGCCUGCGCAAACUAGAGGUUGAAGCCAACAAUGCCUUUGACCAGUAUAGAGACCUGUACUUUGAGGGCGGUGUAUCAUCUGUGUAUCUGUGGGACUUGGAUCAUGGCUUUGCUGGGGUCAUCCUCAUCAAGAAGGCUGGAGACGGCUCCAAGAAGAUCAAAGGCUGCUGGGACUCCAUCCAUGUGGUGGAGGUGCAGGAGAAGUCCAGCGGACGGACCGCUCACUACAAACUCACCUCCACCGUUAUGCUGUGGCUCCAGACGACCAAGACCGGGUCUGGAACCAUGAACCUGGGUGGCAGUCUGACAAGACAGAUGGAGAAAGACGAGACAGUUGGAGAGUCUUCCCCACAUAUUGCCAACAUCGGCCGCCUGGUGGAGGAUAUGGAGAAUAAGAUUCGCUCCACUCUCAACGAGAUCUACUUUGGGAAGACCAAGGACAUCGUCAAUGGUUUAAGAUCUAUUGACUCUCUGCCUGAUAACCAAAAGUACCGGCAGCUCCAGAAGGAGCUGUCUCAGGUCCUCACCCAGCGCCAGAUCUUCAUUGACUAGGGCCAGAGGAGUGUUCAGACCCUGGCUGACAAGUCGAAGCAGGAGGCUCUGAAGAACGACCUGAUGGAGGCGCUUAAACGCAAACAGCAAAGCUAGAGAUGCUAUUUUUUUUAUUCGAUUUUCCUCUUUCUCUCUCUGUUCCCCGCGCAGUAUCUCCACCUUACUCAACCAUAUUUUUUCUGUUUGUACGUCUCUCCUUCCAUGCCUGUUUCAGUGCUGCACUCUUGUUCAUUUGUGGGAAAAACAAAAAAGAGAAUGUUUAGCUUUUUUUUAUUUUCAUGCAUUGUUUUGAGGCAUCUCAUUCGCUUUCAAGCCAUUCACCCACCCUGUCUCUCUCUCCGUCUCUCUCUCUCUCUGUCUCUCUUAUGUUAUGAAUAUUAUGAUAGUAUUCUUAAGGUUAAUGAUAAUCUUACAGUUUUACCGCAAUGUUUAUAAUCCCUACAGCUCUGUCACAGCUGAGUCUGUUUUGAAUGAGUGACAUCAGCUUCUCUCCUAUCCUCUGGUUAGGGGACAGAAUCAGAUACAGACUGUACUGUAGCUAGGCUUGGCUGGGCUAACAAAUCGUCAUUAAUUUCCACCAACAUUUUCUUUCUUGUACCCAUUAUAUCAAAGUGUCUGUGCCACCACCUUUCUUGAAAUAUAACUGUCAUUUUUCUGGGUGAUGUAAUGGCAAACGAAUGGGAGAGGGUGGCCCUAGAUAUUAUGUAUUGUAAGGAUUGGUCUAUGGUUUGACCUUCGUCCCACUCUUACCCGCAUGCGUUGUGAGUCUGAACGCAUUGGAUCACGGGAUGGAGCUGUAGACCUCUAAAACAUGGGGAGGGACUGUUAGGUUCACUGUGUAUAACCAUGUCAUUAAGUCCCCCUCUUACACUGUGUAUAACGUGAUGAUUUGGAUACCUCGGUCUCUCUCUCGGUCUCUCUCUCGGUCUCUCUUUCACCUGGUCUAUGUUGGGGGCACAAUUUUGUCUUUUUGCGUCUUGAAGGAAGCUUUUGACCUUUUCUGUUUUGGGGGGAAUCUUUUUUUGUUGUAUUUUGUUUUUAUUUUGUAAAGCUAAUGAUUCAUAUUUUAUUAGAGCCUCCAGUAACAAUAAAAACAGUAAAACUAUUUAUUGUAAUAUUU